AUGCGAGUCGCAUGCCGGCCACACCUUCUGUUGUCUUGCAGGACUGGAGUUGCUGCAGCGACUUUCCUCAAUCAAACAUCGGAGCCGGAGACGUUUAAUCCGAUGGCUGGGGAGUCGCCAGUGCGAGGGAGGCGGCAUCAACGGAAGGCCCGGCAAACAAGCAGAUGCCUGCUACACAUGGUGGACCUUAGCCAGCUCCAGCUUAAUCUUGGCAUCCGAAGACAACCCCGACUCGGCGAUGGCGGACUUGUUUGA